AUGAAUAGUAUUAACAGUGAUAGUAACAGCGAAAACAUUUUUCGGUUAGAGAACAAAGAGGUAAACGGGACAUACGACUCGAUCAAUUUCAAUGGCGGUGAUGAUAGCUCGAAGACGAGACGUGAUAGUGAUGAUAACGUUUCAGAUAUAAAUAAGAGCGCUCCUGCUCCAGAGGAGCACGAUCCUCCGUGUACCGGCGAAGAAGCGACGUUGAAUAUGUCAUUGCUACAUGAGAUUAUUUUUGUACUACUAGUCUCUUCCAGUCAAGUACUGGGGUUAGCAGGUGCUGUUCAAGGUAUACCGCAAAUGGAUGUAAUUGUUGAGUGGUUUAAGCUAACACACCCAUCUGACUCCGGUUGGUGUAACGGUGGCUAUGCCACCACUUACGGCUCUUUUGUUCUGAUCGCUGGUAAAAUGGGUGAUAUGAACGGUCAUAAAUCAAUGUUCCUCAUAGGUUAUGCAUGGCUGGCUUUAUGGUCUUUGCUCACUGGCUUCAGCAGAUAUUGUCCCUCAUCUCAUUUCUUCUUUUUCUGCAGAGCAGCACAGGGGAUUGGGGCAGCAUUUACAUUCACUAGUGCCCUGUCCAUACUGGGUAAAUCGUAUCCACCUUGCAAAAGAAAGAAUUUCAUUUUCUCCUUUUUCGGUGCCUGUGGUUCGUUCGGUGUCGUGUUGGGAAUGGUGUUUUCUGCCCUGUUUACUCAACUGGCCCACUGGUCUUGGGCAUAUUGGAGCAUGGCCAUAGCUUGCGUUGUGAUCAUCAUCCUUUCCAUUUUUUUCAUCCCUGGCGAUGUAGUUGAGAAACAUGAAACUAGUAACGUGUUUUACUUCGAUUACUUGGGAGCGUUUCUUUUUGUUACCGGAUUGGUGUUGUUCAGUGUGGCGUGGAACCAGGCGCCGACAUACGGAUUUGGAAGGACGUACGUUUACGUUCUUCUUAUCGUAAGCGUGGUUAUAUUAGCCUUAGCAAUGUAUGUGGAAACCAAAGUGGAUGAUCCGUUGUUACCGUGGACUCAUAUUUCUGCGAAUACGUUAAAAGUUUUACUUGCCAUUUUUUUCGCCUACGCCUCAUUUACUAUGUGGGCAGCAUACACGUUUCGGUUCAAUCUCAUGGCAAAGGGCGAUACCCUUUUACUUGCAGCGGCAAAGAUGACUCCAAUGGCUGUCUCUGGUGUCUUUGCAGCAUUAUUUUCUGCUCUUUUACUGAACAUCCACGUGCAAGUACAAAUUCGUAUGCUCAUAUCAUUGCUUGCGUUUUUAGUUCCACCGAUUUUAAUGGCUACUAUGGGGGCAGGCCAAACGUACUGGGGCGAAGUGUUCGUUACUACAAUUGUAAUUUCAUUUGGAUUGGAUAUUUCUUUCCCCUCUGCCACUUUGCUUUUAUCAAAUCGUAUCCCGGACAAGUUCAAGGGUCUGGGUGCCUCGUUAGUAGGUGCAGUUCUGAACUAUGCCACGGCGUUGGGUCCACCUACAGCGGCAUCUGUACUGCGUUACCAAUGUCCGGAUUGUAUGGCUCACAAGGGCAACGCAUUUACUAAAACAAUCAACAUCAUUGGAUAUGUCGGAAUUGGUACUGCAGGGUUAGGUACAUUGGUUGCUAUAUUUGGUGUUAUCACUGAAUACCCAAAGGUAGCUGGUAAAAAGGGUGAAGAUAGGAAACAUAGCCUAACUCUAACAACCAAUGUUCGUUCACAACAGUGA